GCUGAGAGUUCAGAAAUAAUUCCUAGAAUUGAGACACUGAAAUUGAGACAUGGCAACCAUGAUAUUUUGUAUGAAGUUGAAGUUGUUGAAUCCAUCCCAGAGAAACCCGGCUGUCCUCCAGGAACUGGGAUGAGCUCCAGGGGAACUCGGCUUGUUCCGAGGGCUGUGCAGCUUCCCUAAGUGUCUGUGAUUGUUGCACUUGUAAGUAAUUGUAGCAAAAAACAUCCCAACCCAACCCCCCAGUCCGCAUUUGGAUGCCAGAGGAGUGUCCAUGCUGCUGUCACUGUUCCCUUGUGUGCUCUCACUCCUGAAUCUGGCAAAAACGUUUUCUGUGGGAGCUGGAUCUGUUCCCUGCCCUGUGCCCCUGGAGGGGUGGGUGCAGAGAUCUCAAGUUCUGUGAUGAGGAGCUGUGUGCAUCCUGUGUUCAGGAACACUGCUGCCAUUGGCCGUGCCCGAGAGCCCUGACAGCACACGGGCACCAGCUGCCUCUGCUGCUUCCAGGACUCUGGUGACUAGAGCUUUCCUACUUUAACUAGUGCUUUCCUGUGUGGAUGUAACAGCAGAACUGUGUGGCUGUGGGGAGCAUGCUGCCAUCGCUGCUGUGACACAUCCUGCUGUGUUACCAGCAUUGUCCAAGUGCCAGCUCUGACUCCAUUUGGUCUGGGUUGUCCCCAGAUAAAACCAUUGAAUGGGAUGAAGGAGGAUGAAGGAUGCAUGUUUCUUUCAAAUGAGGGUGUUUGAGAGUGGCUCCCAGUCACCACAAACUUAAAUUAGUUUGGAAGUGGUGGUAAGAACAAAGACCCCCAAGGGAGCUUCCCCAGGCUGUCAGCAAAUCCAGUGGCUCUCAAGAAACACUUUGAAGUUUGCUGGGAGCCUGAUGCAAGCCUCAUCAUGCACAAUCCUGAUCAUGUGGGAGAGGUGCUCAUGGCCCAGGCUGCCGAGGUGUUUGUUCAGAUCACAGUCUGGGGACAUUUGCUGGGAUAUGCAAACCCAUUUGGCUUGGAGCUGUUCACCUUCUCACCUGCCAGGGAGGGCAGCUAUAAGUGUCAGAGGUACUGGAGAUUUUCCUGUGCUUCCCAAGGUGCAGCAUGCAGGACCCACAAGGUGGGGCUCUUGUAGGCUCCCAUCUUUGCCAGUAAGUUCAUUUUUCCUUCUUGUCCUUGGCACUGCUUCGGCCUCUGGCAUGGCAGAGCAGAGGAGGUGUGGCGUGGGGCUGCGGCGUGCUCCGCUCGCGUUCGAUGCUGCUGCAGGGCUUGGUGUGUGCUUUCCUCAGUGAACAGCUGAGAGGAGUGCCUGCAUUUGGCAAACAGUGUGGGCUUUGUGUCAGGGGAAGUUGCUGCACAGGAAUCUGGGGGGGGUUCGUGCCCAUGAGCUCCUUUGUGCUGUGGGAGGGGACUCCUCUUACCCAGCUCUGCAGUAAGGUGGAAGAGAGCAGACAAACAGAUAAACAGUGCCAGAGUGUUUUCCUGAAGUAACUAAACAGGGUGUUCAGCCCACCUGGCCAGGGUCAGAUGCGCCAUGUCCAUCUAUAACAAAUUCUCUUCUUUGUGCUGGAGCCAUUUAGUUCAGGGUUGGGGGUGGCUGGAGCUGUGCUGGGCACUCAGUGCCUCAUCCCAGCUCAGGCAGAAAAGGUGGGGAGUUGUAACUGGGGUAAUGCUGGGCUCGGUGGUUUGUGGCCGCAGGUGCGGGAGCUGUCGGCAGAGUGGAGGAGCAAGGGAAUCUGUUUGCAGAGAGGGGCUGCUGCAGGAGGCAGAGCCAUUUCCUCCACGUUGGGCACGACAUCUCUGGCAGUCCCAUCAGCGUGGACGUUGGGAAGUGCUGCUCCAGCUGCCCAUCCCAGCAGAUCAGCUCCCUCCACCUCGGCCUCCCAGGGCUCUCCAGACAGUCCUCCAUGCUCGAUUUCCUAAGGAGAAGGAAGGUGAGAGCCCCACGUUCCUGCCCCGGGGGUCCUGCUGGGAGCUGGCCCGGCUGCACCUGGAGCAGCUGCUGCUCCUCGAAGGCCUUGGGGAGGUGGAGGUGGUCGAGGGCGGCCACUGCAGCACCUGUCCCGAGGAAUGUCUUCGGCUCCCGGCCCUGAAAACCUUUCCGGACUCUCCCUGGGAGGUCGUGAUCGAUGUGGGGAAAUGCUCUGACCCAACCUACAGUGCAGGAGUUGCUGAGUUUACCUCAUAGGAUCGAAUGUAAAACUUUCCAGAACCCAAAUGAAGUAAGGUAAGGGACGGGCUCGAUGAGGAAUUACCAUAACGGGUAAGACAAGGAGCAGCAUUGGAUGGACCAACAGGAGGACCCUAGACAGAAAGGAGCCAGUCAAGAUACCCAAGACAUCAACGAGCCAAUCCCAAGAGACCUUGGUGGGAGGAGGAAUGGGCGGUGCAAGGGCGGGGUUUGGGGUAUAAAAUGAUCGCCCAGGGACUGUGGGGGUGCCCCUGGGCACGGCUGUUCCGUGCUGUGUGUUCAGCGCUGCGCUUUGUUUUGUGCCACGCAGGCCGCCGCUGUGGUUUCCAGUCGUCUGUGUUCCAGUGAAUGGAUUCAGUGUUUAAUAAAUUCAUUAAAUGAUCAAGA